AUGCUCGGUGGAGAAGGAGAUGGACAGGUUGCCUACGAGGAUUUUCGAACCUUAUUUGCGCCCAAGAGUGCAGUGCUGGCAGAGAUGCUGACAAUGGCACCUCAGGAAGCAGAAGAGGAAGCCAAAGAUGGCACAGCAGAAGCAGAAGGAGAUGAGCCAGAUGAGAUUCCAAGGUUGGAGGCUCCGGCACAACAGCUAGGCUUGCUGGUGAAGGGAGCGGCGAGCUUCAUGCAAGCCAGGAUCAAGAAGGAAGAUGCUGGCAAAAAGAAGGCAUCACGCGCCAGACCGAAGGCCAAGGCUCCUGGCUCCAACCGGGCACGACCCGUGUUGGGACCGCCAAGACAACUAUUGCAGAUGACAGCUCCUUCAGCCAUGGGGCCAUCAAAUCCAGGCACGUUCAGAGUGAGUUCGCAACCGCCGCCCGUCCCUGGGCACAUGUCAAGCAUGCCGCCACUGCCUCCAGGCUACAUGGUUGGCACAGAGAAGAUGUUCCAACACCAACAAGGUCUUGGACAGGGAGCCCAGGGAGCCAUGGGAACUGCCGGAGCUGGAGCCAUGGGCAUGAUGGGGGCACCAGGGGCGCCCAUGGGAGCCAACGGUCUCCCUGGGAUGCCGAACGCAGGCGGACACGCUGCCGGUCCAGCUGCAGGCCAGCAAGGACAGCCAGCUGCUACGGUGGAUCCACUCUUGCAAAGCAGUGCAAAGAAUUUCUCUGCAAAUGCGCCGCCGAAGCAUUUAACCUUCCUGGAGUAUCAGGAGAUGAAGCUGGAGCAUGAAGUCCAGCAAAAGCUUCAACAAGAAGCAGAAUCUGACAGCGAUUAG